UGAGAGACGACAUCGUUCUGCAGUUAACAGUGUCUGGUGUCUGUUCUCUUACAAACCCCAAUAUUCGAGACGAUUCUACAACACUUCUGUGAUAUUCUAUUCUGCUGCUGUUCUCUUCUCUCCAUUCUUACCUUCAAUGGCUGACACCCCUUUCAAGAAAAUCCAAAUUCAAAGGGAAGAUACUACAUUUGAUGCAUAUGUGGUUGGAAAAGAAGAUGCUCCCGGAAUUGUUGUGGUUCAGGAAUGGUGGGGUGUGGAUUUUGAAAUUAAGAACCAUGCUUUGAAGAUUUCUCAGCUUGGUACUGGGUUUAGAGCUCUUAUCCCAGAUCUGUACCGAGGAAAGAUUGGUCUUGAUACUGCUGAAGCAGAGCAUUUGAUGACUGGUCUUGAUUGGCAAGGUGCUGUGAUGGACAUCCGUGCUUCAGUUAACUGGCUUAAAGCGAAUGGAUCAAAGAAGGCUGGUGUAACCGGAUUCUGUAUGGGGGGUGCUCUCACUGUUGCAAGUUCUGUCUUGGUUCCGGAGGUUGAUGCUGCUGUAGCAUUCUAUGGAGUUCCUCCUUCAGAACUUGCAGACCCUGCCCAAGCCAAGGCUCCUGUUCAGGCUCACUUUGGAGAGCUGGAUAGUUUUAAGGGCUUUUCAGAUGUUACUGCUGCCAAGGCCUUGGAGGAGAAACUGAAGGCAUCUGGAGUUCCAUAUGAGGUACACAUGUAUCCUGGCAACGCACAUGCAUUCAUGAACAGAUCUCCAGAAGGAAUCCAAAGGAGGAAGGACAUGGGAAUGCCCGAUGAAGAUGAAGCUGCAGUUCAGCUGGCUUGGUCUCGCUUUCAGACUUGGAUGACGAGUUACUUGUAUAGUUAAAUAAUUUAGUAGCUGAAUUCUGAUGCUAUAUACUUACUCCAUCUUAAGAGGUAAUAUUGUGUCCGCUUUACUGGCCCACAAACAGGAAGCUGUAUGCUGCUUCUUACACUUUGGUUGUUUACUGAAGUUUGGAUGCAUCGUUGGGAAAUUUGACAUGAGCAUGAUUUUGAAACGGUUGUGGCUUUUCUGUACUUCAUUGUUCUUAACACUGCCUCUUGUUAUUUUAGUCUCCUUCCCACUGCCUUUUGUGCAUGCUAAAACUGCCAAAAAUUUAGACCAGAUAACCUGGUGGGGUGGUGUAGGCAUUGACAGUAUUGGAAUGGAUUGAGUCUUGGUUGAAUAAAGGACUGGUUUAGUUUUUUGGAA